UCCGGCCCCGCGCGCGCGAGAGAGAGAGGCGAAGGAGGCGGUCAUGGAGGCGGCGAUCGGCGACGACCACACCUGGUACGAGUUCCUCCCCAUCCUCUCCUGGAUCAUCGCCGACGCCGCGGUGGCUCGCCAGACGCUGGAGCAGGCGGCGCAGCAGCUCGACCUUGCCGCCGCGGAGGCGAACCGCCUCGCCGCCAUAGCCCAUUGGGCCUCCUACGCGACGGUCCUGUGUCUCCUCCACCGCGACAUCUACGUCGCCCUCGACCUCGACCGCGACCGGGUCGCCGAUCUCCGCCGCGAGGAGCCCCUCGCCGCCGCCGCCGCUGAGCCGGGCCCGGGCGCCGCCCUGCGCCCCAACUGUGGCCUUCUGGUCAACGUCGGCUGCGGGAUCGACCUCCUCCUGCGCACCGAGCCUCCCGAGCAUGUCAUGCACUCCUUCUCGCUGCGCUGGGAGGAGGACCGCGACGCCUGGUACCCGGGCUGGCUCCACCGCGUGAAGAGGGAGGUCACGCACGCGCUCCACAGGCUGAACCACGCGCGCUCGGAGGCGGAGCGUGUUCACCCGGAUCUGGCUCGUUUUCUCGCCGUGCCGAUGUCAUCGGAGCCCGAGGGAGCGGCCACCGCCGUCGAGGCAUGUGUCGCGACCGCCGAGAGGUGCGGCACGGCGGCUCAGCACGCCCGUGAGGCCUCGGAGAAUCUGCGCCGCGUCCUGGUCACCCUGCGAGGCCUCCGCGAGGACAUUCUGGAUGAGCCGCCUCCCAGACGCGUGAUGCAGUUCUUCGGCCCGCCGAUCGCCGACGCCGACGCCGACGCCGACGCAGGGAAAAUGCAAGCCUCAAUUGUUUGUGCACUAGUGAGAAGGCUAAGCAUAUAUGCCUUCAAGAUAAUUAAGGAUGUGGGGUUACAUCAGACUAAUCCUUUUGGAGCCCAAAUCAUCCUGGAUCGAGUGUAAUUCUUGCAUUGUGUGCUGCUCCCUCUGCAACUACUGAGGGAGUAGAUAUCAGGGAGCUUCGGAAAAAUUACACUCAAUACAAACAGGGACAUAGACCGUGUUCGUCA